AUGGCAGUAAUCUACUGGACCAUUCCUUCUCCAACUUCCACGCGGAAGACUAAAUUAUGGCACCCCUGCCCCAUCCCCCUCUACAGCACCCCUGCCCCAUCACCCUCUACAGCACCCCUACCCCAUCACCCUCUACAGCACCCCUGCCCCAUCCCCCUCUACAGCACCCCUCAUCCUCCCACCCCUCACCCCUACCCCAUCACCCUCUACAGCACCCCUGCCCCAUCCCCCUCUACAGCACCCCUGCCCCAUCACCCUCUACAGCACCCCUGCCCCAUCACCCUCUACAGCACCCCUGCCCCAUCACCCUCUACAGCAGCCCUGCUCCAUCAUCCUCUACAGCACCCCUGCCCCAUCCCCCUCUACAGCACCCCUGCCCCAUCACCCUCUACAGCACCCCUGCCCCAUCACCCUCUACAGCACCCCUGCCCCAUCACCCUCUACAGAACCCCUGCCCCAUCACCCUCUACAGCACCCCUGCCCCAUCACCCUCUACAGCACCCCUGCCCCCAUCACCCUCUACAGCACCCCUGCCCCAUCACCCUCUACAGCACCCCUGCCCCAUCACCCUCUACUGCACCCCUCCCCCCACUGCCGUCAGCUCAACCUGCUAACAGAGAUCCGAAGCACUCGACCAACUGA